CGGAACUAACCCCUGGGCUUUCGGCUACUGACCCAAUCAGAACCCCGCCCAGAGAGUCGGUUGCCCGGGAUCGCCCAGCAAGGUCCAGAGCUACCCCGCGGCCGAUGGCAGGUGCGGGGGUUUGACGACGACGUCACGCGUUAGACGAUCAUCGUCUCUCGCAGCCCGUCAGCGAGUUCAGACCGCUGGAACGCUGAUAUCAUAGUAUAGGUAAGGUCAUGCUAGUACUAGUAUCCUAACCAUCACAGUAGCUUUGCGAUACCGAAGGUCAGAUAGUACAAUACAGGCGGCUCCGGACUGGCUUAGAAUUCGCUUCCAUUCCUGCCGUGUGGCACUGUCGCAGCAUGGCGUAACAGAAAGAAACAAGGUAGCUCGAAGCUUUUCUGUUUCCCGACACAGCUUCCCCUCACGGGCACCUCUCCAAUUCGGUCCUGCCAAUGCAUUGCGUGCUCCAGGGGGGACGCCGGAGUUUGAUUCUCUCAGGGCUGCCAAACGCCGUCGUACUUGUUGUACCCUUCGCCCAACGCCGCAUCGUAAUCCUCAGCAGACCAGAACCAGCCCCAUCGUCAACCACGCGAAACAUGUCGUCACAGCCCGAAGCCACAGCGGCGAUGCCGCCCAUGAUGUACGGCACCGCCUGGAAGAAGGAGCGCACUGCCGACCUCGUCUUCGAGGCCAUCAAGGCUGGCUUCCGCGGCAUCGACACGGCCGCCAUGAAGAAGCACUACGACGAGGCCGGCACAGGCGAGGGCAUACGCCGCGCAAUCCGCGAGGGCAUCGUCUCCCGCAAAGACCUCUUCAUCCAAACAAAAUUUACCCCGGAAGACCCCUCCUCCCCCUACUCCCUCAAUGAUCCAAUUCCCGCCCAAAUCCACGCCUCCAUCACUUCCUCCCUCGCCAACCUGUCCACACCAGACCGCUCCCCACCUUACCUCGACGCUCUCGUGAUGCACUCCCCCUUCACAACCAUAGCCGACACGCUCGAAGCCUGGACAGCCCUCGAAUGCUACCUGCCCACCUCCCUGGACUCGUCCCGCCGAGGCAAGAUUCUAAGGCUGGGCAUCUCCAACGUCACGCUCCCCGUCUUACUCGCCCUCUCCGACUCGACGACACGUCAGCCGAUGAUCGUGCAGAACCGGUUCCGUGCGGCAGAGAGGAGCUGGGACCGCGACAUCCGAACUUGGUGUGCUUCCACAACCCAACCCUUGUGCUCGGGAUCUGGAUCUCAGGAGCAGGAGAAGGUGAACUACUACCAAGGCUUUUGGACCCUGACAGGGAAUCCCGGCACGUGGCAGCUGGCGGGUUUUGUGAGGGAGCUGGCGGAGGCGGCAGGCAUCUCGCCGGCUGCGGCGUGGUAUGUGCUGCUCAUGGAGGCUGACGUCGUAGUGCUGAACGGGACUUCGGACGCGGCGCAUAUGAGGGAGGAUUUGGAUGCACGGCGGAAGGUGGAGGCGUUUAGGAGGACGGACGCAGGAGAGGAAGUAUGGAGGCGGUGUUGGGUGGAGUUCAAGAGGCUGAUUGGCGGCUGAUGGGAGUACGGAUAAGAUUCCUAAAGCAAGCUCUCAUAUUGCGUAGACUAUGUGUGCACUGAGGGUUGAAACGAGUAAGCGGGGCGAGGGUAGGGUAGGUAAGUUCACGGCAAGCUGGGUGUUGGUGGAUGGAACGGUCAGUUCUACAUGCUAAAUGUGUAAGGGGAACAUUAUAUCUCAGGUGCCUCGUAGUGUAUAUUACCAUCGAGCUCACUGACUGGACGAAUUCUUCGUAUCCGCAUCUGGCUGACACCCAACUGAGACAAGGGACGGCAAGCGGCCAGUCCCGUACUAGUAGUUUCCGGACUGAUAUGUCUGACAUUGGAAUGGAGUCCCCAG